AAAAAAAAGAAGAGGAGUCCGGCUGUUGCCUGUAUAUUCGACCACUGUAUGGGUUAGCUUGUGAGGUGAAAGAUUUGUGUGUGUGUGUGUGUGUGUGUGAGAGUACUGGUUGCCAUGUACUAUCUCUAGUGGAAGUGCCUGUGUGUUUGGGAUGGCAAAGGGGGGCUGGCACUACCAACACCUCUGCUCCUAGCUCUGUGCCAUGGGGGGUUGCCACAGUUACUCCUCUAGUACGGAGAAAGACACCACGACUCCUAAGCCGUCUGACAUCGGCAAUGAAAAACUGGGAAUUAAUAACAAUAAUCUGGAGGAGCGCCCAUAUCUCCAGCAGCAGUAUGUGUGCCAGCAGAUCUCACACACAAACAUGUCCGCCCUCACCGCUCUACCGCCCGGCCUUGACCAGGCAGAGUGGCUUGCCAGCAACACAAUAGCAUUCUUCAAGCAUAUCAACUUGUUCUCUAGUGCUCUGUCUGAGUUCUGCACUCCCAGUACCUGCCCUACUGCCAGUGGACCAGGCAACACGGUUUAUGUGUGGACUGAUGAACGGGGAAAGAAGCUGAAGUGCUCCGCUCCACUCUAUUUCGACUAUGCCAUGUCAUACAUUCAGGAGCUACUGACUGACGAGGACGUGUUCCCCACCAAAGCAGAUUCAGCGUUCCCUACAGGAUUUGUCUUCAUGGUCCAGAAGGUGUUUUUGCUGUUAUUCAGAACUCUGGCUCACAUCUACUGGUCACACUAUAAAGAAACUCUUGCCCUGGGGCUGCAACCUCACCUCAACACACUCUUCAAACACCUCACGGACUUUUGCCGGCAACACGCGCUGCUGGAGCCAGAAGACGUCGAGCCACUGCAGGACCUCAUCACUGCUCUGGGACAACACAGCUAUACCUAAAGGACACACAUACACACACAUUCUAAACAUUAAACAAUAAUUACUCCGUUAUACUAGUCAUGAAGUGAUCCGAAUAUUCUCACUAUUCGGGCCCAAGCUAUUUAUUUUUUUUCUGGAUGAGUAUGAAACGAAAUAAAGGAUUAGCAGAUGUAACCCCGUAAAAGAAAAAAAGAAUAUCACAAGCAUUCACAGAGUAUGUUCCAGUGUGUGAGCAGAAAAACAAGCCCGCCUUGACUUAAAGAGGGGCAAAUUAGCCUAGAGCCCCUUCUCCCUCGCUGUACAUAGUAAUCAUUUUUAGUUAUUAGUGAUAUUACAUGUUACAAUGCUUUGUAUAAUGUUAUAAUGGUUUAUCCAGUUCAAUAUCCUCAAGGUCAAAGCUAUUUGUUAAAUUGUCCUUGCAAACUUAACAUAGUAAA